UUCCGGGUCGGGCGGGAAGAUGGCGGCGCCCAUGGAGCUGUUCUGCUGGGCGGGGGGCUGGGGGCUGCCCUCGGUGGACCCGGACUGCCUGGCCGUGCUGACGUACGCGCGGUUCACGGGGGCGCCGCUGAAGGUGCACCGGGUCACCAGCCCCUGGAGCAGCCCCUCCGGGCGCCUGCCUGCGCUGAAGACGCGGGAUGAGGGCACCAUCUCCAAAACGCAGCAGAUCAUAACUCACCUUGGGAAACAGAGAUACAACGCUGACUACGACCUCUCGACUACGCAAAGAGCGGACACGCUGGCCUUCGUGUCCCUGCUGGAAGAGAAACUGCUGCCGGUGCUGAUCCACACCUUCUGGGUGGACGCGAAGAACUACGUGGAACACACGCGGAAGUGGUACGCGGAAACCAUUCCCUUCCCCCUGAACUUCUUCCUGCCCAACUGUAUGCACAAGCAGCACCUGGAGCGGCUGCAGCUUAUGUGGGGAGACGGCUACAUGGAGGAUGAGGAGAAGCUGGAGAAGGAGCUCUACCGGGAUGCUCGGGAAUGCCUGACGCUCCUGUCCCAGCGCCUCGGCUCCCAGAAGUUUUUCUUUGGAGACUCGCCGGCCUCCCUCGAUGCCUUCGUCUUCAGCCGCCUGGCGCCGCUCCUGAAGGCGAAGCUGCCCAACGGGAAACUGCAGCAGCACCUCAAGUCCCUGCAGAACCUGUGCAACUACUGCACCUCCAUCCUCAGCCUCUACUUCCCCUGGGAUGGAGGUGAGUCCCCAGCCAGCGCCCCACGGGCCGUGGGUGCUGACGGCGGCGAGGCGGAGGACGACCCCCACAAACGGCGCAACCAGCUGCUGUCGGUACUGGUGGGGCUGGCGGCCAUGCUGGGCUACGCCUUCCUGAGCGGCAUCGUCUCCAUCCAGCGCGGCAGCACGGGGCCGGCUGGCCGCCAGCCCAUUGCCCUGGAGGAGGAGGAAGAGGAGGAGGAGGAAUGAAGAGCUGCAUGACUGUUACUCCUCUGGUCCCUGGAACUGACUGUUUUUACAUCGGGAGCCUGGCAGCAUCGCUCCCUGUGGGCGCUCUGUUCUGCAUCCCACCGGGAAUUGCAGCCCUCUGCGGGGAGCGUGCCUGCCACGCCAAUAAACCUCCCUCUCUCCA